CGUUGGAAUUGCUCUCAAACGGCAAAAGUCGAACAACAUCACGGAGCGAACCGAGCCAAACCGGAUAUGAACCGCGCCGUCUCGAACUCUCGAGCCCGCCUCGCCGCCUUCUCCGCCUCGUCGUCACUGGCGUCGGAGGCGUGGGAUGGGCGCUUCCGGCUACACAAGCCGCGGGGCCAGCACCUCCUCACCAACCCACGCGUCCUCGACGCCAUCGCGCGCCACGCCGCGCUCCGCCCGGGCGACGCCGUACUCGAGGUCGGCCCCGGCACCGGCAACCUCACAGCCCGCCUCCUCGCCUCCCCGGCCGACCGCGUCACCGCCGUCGAGAUCGACCCGCGCAUGGUCGACGCAGUCACGGCCCGUUUCGGGGCACUCGACCUGGCGCACAAGCUCACGGUGAUCCAGGGGGACGCCAUGGAGACCGAAUUCCCAAAGUUCGACGUUUGUGUGGCUAACAUCCCCUAUGGGAUCUCCUCGCCGCUCAUCGCGAAGCUGCUGUUCGGGACGUACCACUUCCGGACAGCAACGCUCCUGCUGCAGAAGGAGUUCGCGCGGCGGCUCGUGGCCAUGCCAGGCGACUCGGAGUAUAACCGCCUGGCAGCCAACGUCCGCAUGGUAGCGGACGUGAAGCUGCUCAUGGACGUGAGCAAGAGGGACUUCGUUCCCAUGCCCAGGGUAGACUCCUCCCUCGUCGAGAUCCAGCCGAGGGGGGCUCCGCCUGAGGUCGACCUCGCCGAGUGGCUGGGCUUCACACGGGAGUGCUUCGGGCAGAAGAACAAGACCCUCGGUGCCAUCUUCAAGCAGAAAAGGAAGAUCCUGGAUCUUCUCAAGCGGUCUCAGAGAAGCGAGAGAUGCACAAGCGAUGCCCCUGGCACUGGCAGUGGCAUCAUCCUCGGUGUUCUUGAUGACGACGGUAAUGACGAAGCCUGCAGCGAUGAAGACGGCGACAGCGGCGAUCGAGCAGCUGGUUUCAGCACGGAAGAGGUCGGGGCUUUCAAGGAAAGGAUUGCCGGUGCUUUAGAGUCCACCGACCUCGCCGGGAAGAGGCCGUCCAAGAUGUCAAACGACGAGCUUCUUUAUUUGCUCAGGCUAUUCAACGAGCGAGGGAUAUGGUUUCAGUAGCACUUGUCAGCGCAUCGGAUCUCUGAUUGCUCACCGAUGCAAAUGACCGACGCACACAACUGACCCAUGUCCAUGGUAGUAGCACAGAAGCGAAUUUGCCAGUCCAUGUAUGUUUAGCAGCUGUCUAGGCGUAGGCUGAGUUGGUUCAGAGUUGCAGAGAGUUUCUUUGAAAUUUGGCAACCUUAAGCCGAAGAUCUCAAGCAUGUGCUAUUCAUGAAAUGAUUAUGAUGAAACAGUGUUACUAGGAUUCA